AAGUUUCGGGCCGAGCGACAGUUGCGCCGCAACUGACGUCUCUCUCGGUUCAACGCUAUCACGUCGACGAUCACUGUGUACAUAUGCAUUACCUGCCGCACGCGUAUCUAUGAUUACUCAAGUUUGUAUACGCGUACCACUCCCGCUACUGCGUGUUCGCGCAUUUUGUGGAAUUUCCAGGAGAGAACGUAAUUUGGAGUAUUGGCGGAAUAUCGACAAGUGCGCAUCAGUGUUCAAGCGAUGGGGGACGCAGCGAUGAACGUCGCAGCGUCCGGUGGCGGCGGCGCCGGCGGCGGCGGCAGCGGCGGCGGCAGCGGCGGCGGCGGCGGCAGCGGCGGCAGCGGUCAACGUAUCGUCAAAGAGGGCUGGCUUCAAAAACGCGGUGAGCACAUUAAAAAUUGGAGAUCAAGAUACUUUGUCUUGAGAGACGAUGGUACUCUGGUUGGAUUCAAGGCAAAACCCGAUCAACAAAUGGCUACAUCUGCGCAGCCGUUAAAUAACUUUACAGUGCGUGGGUGCCAAAUAAUGUCAGUGGACAGACCUAAGCCCUAUACAUUUGUUAUCAGAGGCCUGCAGUGGACAACAGUAAUCGAGAGGACAUUUCAUGUGGAAACUGAGCAAGAAAGAGAAGACUGGGUAGCAGCAAUCAGAUAUGUAGCUGAUAGAUUAGCCAAUGUAGAGCAUCAGCAACAAGAACAACCACAAAUGCAACAAUCUUCCUCUUCGGAGGAUGUUGAUAUGGAAUCGUCAAUAGGUGCUAGAUCCGAUUCCUGUACUUCUUUAGGUGUUGUAUCUGCAGAUGCAGAUGGUGGUAGUAUUGAUGAAUUAUCAGCAAAAUUCAGUGUACAAGGAACUUCAAGUAGUAAAAGUACUGGUAAAAAGAAAGUAACACUUGAAAAUUUCGAAUUUUUAAAAGUUUUGGGAAAAGGUACAUUUGGAAAGGUAAUUCUAUGUAGAGAAAAGGCGACAGGGCAUUUAUACGCUAUCAAAAUCUUAAGAAAAGAAGUUAUUAUUCGUAAGGAUGAAGUGGCGCACACACUUACUGAAAAUAGAGUAUUACGUACUACAAGUCAUCCUUUUUUAAUUUCGUUGAAAUAUAGUUUCCAAACAGCAGAUAGGCUAUGUUUUGUUAUGGAAUAUGUAAAUGGUGGCGAGUUAUUUUUCCACUUGAGUCGAUCGCGAGUAUUUGGUGAAGACCGUACUAGAUUUUACGGCGCAGAAAUUAUAUCGGCCCUUGGUUAUUUGCACUCUCAAGGCAUUAUAUACCGUGACCUUAAAUUGGAGAAUCUCCUUUUGGAUAAGGAUGGACAUAUAAAAAUUGCUGAUUUUGGCUUAUGUAAAGAAGACAUUACAUACGGAAGAACGACAAAGACCUUUUGUGGAACGCCGGAAUAUUUGGCACCAGAAGUACUAGAAGAUAACGAUUAUGGGCGAGCUGUAGAUUGGUGGGGUGUUGGUGUAGUCAUGUAUGAAAUGAUGUGUGGUCGAUUACCUUUUUAUAACAGAGAUCACGAAAAGCUAUUUACGCUUAUUUUAUUGGAAGAAGUAAGGUUUCCUAGGACGAUUAGCAACGAAGCAAGAGACAUGCUCGGUGGUUUGUUAAUAAAAGACCCAAGUAGAAGAUUAGGUGGUGGACCCAACGACGCGAAGGACAUCAUGAACCAUGCAUUCUUCUCGUGUAUCAAUUGGGCAGACCUUGUUCAGAAGAAGAUUCCCCCUCCUUUCAAGCCACAAGUGACUUCAGAUACUGACACUCGAUAUUUUGAUAGUGAAUUUACCGGCGAAAGUGUUGAACUUACACCUCCAGAUCAAGGCUGUUUAGGUAGUGGAGGGGGUCUGAAUUCUAUAGCAGAAGAGCAAGAACAUUUCCCCCAGUUUUCAUACCAAGACAGUCACUCUGCAGCAACUUCUUCCAUUGUUUCUAUUAAUCACUGACAGUGUCAAGUGUCUUGAUUAAUUAAUAUAACAAGAUGUGUGGUUUAAUGCAUGAAAAAUCUCAAGCAGAAACAUCUGAUCACAACUGUAUCUGACGAUUGUCUGCGAAGCUUAAAGCUUUCCCAAUAGACAGAUCAAUCAAAUUACCAUUCUUUACGAUGCUUUUUUUAUGCAUCCUAUGAGAUCGUCACACAUAUCUCCAACGGCGAAUUAGAUUUAUGCGUACGAAUGUGCGCGCGCAUAUAACACCUAUACACAUAACUAUUCAUUAAAGUUGUAUAUGGCAAAAUGUAUACUGUAAGAUUACAUCGAUAUAAUACGAUAUAGUACGAUUAAUACUUGCUGCAUAAGCUCGAAGAAUUAUGACAGGGAUUAAAUUACGUUCUCAAUUGAAUCAAGUUAACUAAAACUCCUUGAGACACGUAUUGUGAAUAUUGAACAAUUUUCUCGUCUUCAAGGAACGCGUAGUAACCAUAAGUAUAAUCUUGUGUUUAACAGAGUCAUCGCUUGACACUUUCCAGGCUCGCUGUCAUUGUUUAUUAUCUCAUUUAUGGAGGGGCAGUUCCUGAUCCUUUUUAAUCCGGUAGAUGACUUACGGCAGAUGCCAAAGUAGAAAAUUAAAAAUGGCAAAAUGUCAAUAAGGAGAGAAAAAUAAAAAAAAAAUGGUUUAUCCAUUGUGAAAAAGUAGAAUUGUAGGAGAUCAGCUUUAAUUGAAUGUAUAAAUUCGAGAGAUCACUUUUUUAGCCUUAUAAAGAUAUUAUGACUGGCAAUAAUUGGAGAUGUGCGAGUAUUCGAGACACUAGCAUAAUAUAUGAAUUGUAUCGAGUUCGGCAUAUUUGUCGAAGCAAAUGUUUGACUAUUUUUGGGAUUAUUUGAAAGGAUAGGGAUUGUUUAAAAGAAGCUCAUGGCUUGAAAUAUUUUCCGCCUACUUUAUAAGGAUUUUCUUCGAAAAGGUACCUAUUGGAAUAGUUCUUUAAUGGUGAUAACGAAAUACAAUAUUGUGCGUGAAUAUUUCGUUGAUUCAUCAUCAAAGCGGGAUUGUUGCCAGCUAGUAAUGUUAACGUUGCAAAAUGAUUUGUGCAUAAUUGUGAUUAAAGUGCUUAGUGUAUAAUCAUUCUUUGAUGCGAGUAUAUUGUUACACUUGAAUGCGAAUACGAAAAUAUAAAAUAAUUAUACAGUCAGUUUAAUUACCCUAUUUUUAAAUCUAUCGAAACUAGUCACACAAUCUAUAUCAUUUAGGUAAACUGUUCCAUGCACGUUUACAAAAUCUCGGUGAUUUAGAGCUAGAAAAUGUGCAGGAAUACAUUUAAGAAAUUUGUAGGUUGAAAAUAUGUUGAUCGCAAUUAUGAGCGCGGUUCGAGUAAGUUUUAUCCGAAGUCAAAUAAAAUACGUGAUAUGAUAUAUGUUAAACUGAAGAAACUCACACAUUUCUAAUUAUAACAAAUUUUUAACCGAAGCAUCCGUUUUCCUAAUGAAAUCAAGCUAUUCGUUAUGUAUCUUUAUGUAUCAUUGAUGAAUAGUAAUAAUUGUGAAUUAGAUGGAAA